AAAACUGGCAUCGAGACCAGCACAACUGCAUCGUUUGCAACAAGCUCAUGGAUUAGUCAUAGAUGAAGUCCUAACUGUGAACUCUGCUAUGUAUCAUACUAUCGAUAUACUGCUGAGAAAAAUCCGCAGUAACCCUGCUCCAUGUGGAGGCCUGUUUGUGGUCACUACAGGGGAUUAUCGGCAGCUUCCACCUGUAUCAG